AUUAAAGCGACCAGAACUAAUUCAAUUCAAAUUUAAAUAGCGCAGAGGCUUGAUAAUAGCUCAUUACAGAGUACUCGAAUUUGAUACGACCGAUACGUCCAUAACCAAUUCAAACCCGAACCACACACUCGAAUCCAUAACUCUCUGUGUCUAGUAAUCCAAAUGAAUUUACGUUGUGUAUUAUCGAAACAAGUGAGCCAAGAUUACUACCAAACGAAAAGCCCACAUAAAUCAAUCUCUCUCUUCUUCCCUCCUCCGCUCCAACGGCUUCCUUUCCAUAUUCAAAUUCAAAUCCACUCUUCCCCCCAAUUUCUCUCUCCUCUUCAACAAUGGCGACUCCAAGUACAUUCCUCAACACCCCCACUAAAACCCCAUCAAAAACUUCAUCCUCUAAAAGACACCACCACCAAAUCGCCCAAACCCAAAACCCUAACCCUAACCCUAAUUCCUCAAUGUCAUCUUCCAGUGAAUUCAAAUCAAGAUUCGAAGCAUACAAUCGAUUACAAGCUGCUGCUGUUGCUUUCGGCGAAAAGCUUCCAAUACCUGAAAUUGUUGCAAUUGGUGGACAAUCUGAUGGCAAGAGUUCUCUCCUUGAAGCACUUCUUGGGUUUCGAUUUAAUGUUCGUGAAGUUGAAAUGGGUACUCGUAGACCUUUGAUUCUUCAAAUGGUUCAUGAUUCUACCGCUUUGGAGCCCCGAUGCCGAUUUCAAGAUGAGGAUUCUGAAGAAUAUGGUAGUUCGAUUUCGCUGGCAUCUACUAUUGCCGAUACAAUAAAAUCGCGUACUGAGGUGCUUUUGAAGAAGACUAAUACAGCAGUUUCUUCCAAGCCAAUUGUUAUGAGGGCUGAAUAUGCUUAUUGUCCAAAUUUGACUAUCAUUGAUACCCCGGGUUUCGUUCUAAAGGCUAAAAAGGGAGAGCCAGACAGUACACCUGAUGAAAUUUUAUCAAUGGUGAAGUCAUUAGCAAGUCCACCCCAUCGAAUUCUCUUGUUUCUUCAACAGAGUAGUGUCGAAUGGUGCUCAUCAUUGUGGCUGGAUGCUAUUCGUGAUAUUGAUCCAACUUUUAGACGGACAAUAAUCGUUGUUUCGAAAUUUGAUAACCGCCUUAAGGAAUUUGGUGACCGCUGGGAGGUUGAUCGGUAUUUGAGUGCAAGUGGUUACCUAGGAGAGAAUAUUCGGCCUUUUUAUGUGGCCCUUCCCAAGGAGAGGAAUACAAUUUCUAAUGAUGAGUUUCGACGUCAAAUAUCUCAAGUUGACACAGAAGUUCUGCGUCAUCUGCGUGAAGGUGUUAAGGGAGGUUUUGAUGAAGAAAAGUUUCGCCCCUUCAUUGGUUUUAGCUCUGUUAGGGAGUUUCUGGAGUCUGAGCUUCAGAAACGUUACAAGGAAGCUGCCCCAGCAACACUAGCAUUGCUUGAGCAGCGUUGUGGUGAGGUUACCUCUGAGCUGGCUAAUAUGGAAUCAAAGAUACAGGCAACUUCUGAUGUUUCUCAUCUCCGAAGAUCAGCAAUGUUACACACAGCUUCCAUAAGCAGUCAUGUGGUAUCAUUGAUUGGUGGAGCAGCUGAUCCACCUCCAGAGCAAUGGGGGAAAACAACUGAGGAGGAGCGUUUGCACAGUGGUACUGGGGGCUGGCCUGGUGUAACUGCCGACAUUAAACCCCCAAAUUCUACCCUGCGGCUUUACGGAGGGGCUGCUUUUGAACGAGUCAUGCAUGAGUUUCGCUGUGCUGCAUAUUCCAUUGAUUGUCCUCAAGUAUCCAGAGAAAAGGUGGCCAAUAUUUUGCUUGCUCAUGCUGGCCGUGGUGGGAAUAGAGGUAUAACUGAGGCAGCUGCUGAGAUUGCACGUACUGCUGCCAGGUCAUGGCUAGCACCUCUGCUUGACACUGCAUGUGAUCGACUUGCAUUUGUUUUAACGAAUCUGUUUGAACUUGCCAAUGAGCAAAAUCAAUGCCAGAACUCAGAAUAUGGGAAGAAAAUAGGAGACAUGGAUGGCUACGUUGGUUUCCAUGCUGCUUUGAGGCACUCAUUCAAUAGGUUCAUUAAAGAUCUUGCUAAACAGUGUAAACAGCUAGUUCGACACCACCUUGAUUCAGUGACAAGUCCAUAUUCUCUUGCCUGUUAUGAAAGUGAUGUCCAAGGUAGCCUUAUAACUUCCGGUUACAGACAAGUUUCUCCUGCAUCACUUUACCUAGAUUUGUCAGAUGGUGCUCGAGGUUUGCAAAAUGAAGCAACCACAAACCAAGAGAAUAUACCACCUGAGAAAAAUGUACGGGAAACCACGCCAGGCAAAGGUCCAGAAGAUAGAGAAGCUCUUCGUGAUAAUCAGAUGACGGUGCCUGAGACCCCAUCACCUGAUCAGCCAUGUGAGUUAGUUUAUGGUUUGGUGAAGAAAGAGGCAGGAAAUUAUAUGGAAGUUGGAGCGAGGAAAAGGCAUCCUAGAAUUUUGGGCAAUAGAAAUAAUGCCAGUCUUUAUUUUGGAAAUGGAGAUAAUGGUUUUAGAUCAGGUUCUGCAUAUGCUGACAUAUGCUCAUCAGCUGCUCAGCAUUUUGCUCGGAUACGUGAGAUUCUAGUUGAGAAAAGUGUGACAACUGCACUAAAUUCUGGAUUUUUAACUCCAUGUCAAGAAAGGCUUAUGGUAUCACUUGGGAUGGAUUUGUUUGCUGUAAAUGAUGAGAAAUUCAUGGAGAUGUUUGUUGCACCCGGGGCAAUUGAUAUCCUUCAAAAUGAAAGGCAAUCUCUUCAGAAACGACAAAAGGUUCUUCAAUCUUGCUUGAAUGAGUUUAAGAGUGUUGCUAGGACACUCUGAUCGAGCUACAUUUUGCACUUGUAAAAAGUUCCGGUAUUGCUCUUAAAAGCAGCUGUUGCAUUUCCAACAAAAAUCAGGUUGAUGUUGCUGUUGCUAUUGUUAAUUGGAAAUCAACUGUAAUAUUUGUUGUGCUAUUAGUAAAGUUUCAAUGCCACUGCUUUGUGGCUGUCCCCUGGGUGAUUUACUGCCUGUAAGAUUUCAGUGAUUUGCUCUUGUAUAGAAUGAGUAUUUUCCCUUGAGAAAUUUGUAUAACUUUCAUAAUUCUGGAUCAAUUAGAUAGGAAAACUUUAGCUAGAACCACUUCAAAAUUUGAUCUUUUUCGCGAAGCACUAUUUAAUGGAAAAUUUUAUGUGCAGAGUUACCUCUAAUUUUAAAUUACUUAUUUGU